ACUCACUGAGGCAUCCUCCUCCUGCAGGACGUUUCAGAAAACUGAAGAAAGGCGUAGCAGUGUGGUGGUUGAUGUUUAGGUGUUGAGGCUCGUCGCUCUCUCUCUUACAGGAUGGAGGAUUGAAGCUUUUGCCCGAGGCAGAUGGUGAGACGAUUGCAUAACAAAGAAGGAGCUGCUAGGCCUUAUCGAAGCUUCCUGCUGCAUCAAUAAUCUGCAUCAACAUAUUAAGUAACUGUAUUAAAUGACUGUAUUAUCUCGUGCACUGCUUCGUGUUUUCUGAAUUUCCUGCAGACAAACAUCACAGCAGGCCGAGAUCAAGCAAACAAGGUCACAGUUAUCUUCUUUUGUUGUUUUUAAUGCAUAACACAAAGAACUUUGAACUGUCCUGUUGGAGGAAAUGUGUCAUCUGUUGACCUGUUGAUCCAGAAUUGAUGCUGAAAACUACAAAUGUAAAACUACAUAAUGACAUCACGUCAACAUGAGUGCAUCAUAUGUUUUGUUGAUGUGCCGCUGACAGGGAGGCGGGGCGUUGGUAAUCUUCUGGAGGGCAUAUAAGAGGGGCCCUAAGCCCCGACUGGCCCUCACAGCAAGCCCAGCAUAGAAGUCCACUCAUCCGUUAGACAGACCGGGGCGACACUCACACCCGCUCGUCUGGCUGUCCUUCACCUAAACAGCCGGUUUCAUCACGUCGACUCCACGUCACAGAGGUGUCUCGAAAGCCGAAAGGUACACUAACUGCUCAAAAUGAAUCUUGAGCCCAAAGCUGAGAUCAAGUCGGCCACCCGCGUAAGCGGAGGCCCCGCCACCCCACGCAAGGGACCACCCAAGUUCAAGCAGAGGCAGACCCGUCAGUUCAAGAGCAAGCCCCCGAAGAAGGGAAUCCAGGGCUUUGGUGAUGACAUCCCUGGUAUGGAGGGCUUAGGCACAGACAUCACUGUCAUUUGCCCCUGGGAGGCCUUCAAUCACCUGGAGCUGCACGAGCUGGCCCAGUACGGCAUCAUCUGAGCCUUCCAUGCAUCUUCCUGCAAUCCUCUGAGGAUUACAGGACCCGUCCAUGCACUUCAAACCAUCUGCCUCAGGCUCCAUGUCCUAGCUUUAAAUGGAACUAUUCCAAACAAACCAGAACAACCUGUAACAAAAAAAAAAAAUGGAAACAGAAAAAAAUCUACAAAAAAAAAAACAAAACAAAACUUUCUGCCCUCUUUCACUGGACUUCUUCUUCUGAGUCUGCAGGUCACACAAACAGCUGCUGUGUUUAGGAGUCUCACAUCUUCACUAGCUCUGCACUGUUAUUACAUAUACGUUACAUAUAUAUAUUAUAUAUAAGUUACUCUUCUCUUGCUGUCCUACUUUUUCUUUCCUCCUUUCCUCUUCUUUUCUUCUCACGGACAAAAACCUGAAACUUACGCAAGCAAGGCAGCCUCAAAUUGAGUUUAAGUGACAAACCCGUGAAGCGGCUUCACGUGCAUCGGCGCCUCUUUCGCCAUCACGCAGGCUUUUCCAUCAACGGCCAAACAUAAAACACAAAACCUGAAUUCUGUAGAGACAGGACAGCAGCUUGCCAUUGCUGAGCGUAACCUUUCAGUUGGAUAACAUUUAAUCAGUUGUCAUCAGACGUCCCUCUUUUCCCUCUGUUUGAACCAACCUUUAACUGCACCCAAAUUUCCUACAGUCAUAACAUGUGGAAGCCUGAUGCAUGUUGGGAAGUGUUGUCAGGAAAGAAAACCAACUCAGCAGAGAAAAAAAAAAACGUCCAGGAAAGCAGAUUCCUUCCUUGCAGUGUGUGAUUUGGCAGUGUUAGUGUUCAUAGUUCAUCGUUUGCCCAAGCUGACAACUCAUCUUAGCCGAAGAGCUACAGCUCUGUUCACAUUAGUGUCAUAUCUCUUCUCGUGUGUACAUCUCCCUUGUAUGAUAUGAAUUUAUAUGGAAAUUUGUAUUUUAUGUUUGUUUAUUUCUCACACUUUCACACGACCUGUGUGUUUCUAUCUGUUUUUUAGCUCUCUUUUGUUGUUAUCUUGUAGAUUAGGACGUUGUUCCUCAUCGUCCGUCGUCGUCAUCACUGAUUUGUCACUGUGUUCAUGUCUAGACAGUAAAGUCUACCUGGGAUCAAUGCAUGUGCACCCGUAGAUGCAUUUAGCCUGUCAUGUCUUGUGUGUAAUCUUGACUUUAUUAUUCUAAUCAACAAGAUAAUAACAAAUGAGUUGAUAACAUUUCCCUGAUGAUAUAAAAACUGGAGAUGGAAGAGUUGGUGGGUUUUUCUUGUUUACAAUGAUGGAAGGGAUGGCAGAGGAUGAGCGGGACACACACACCCAGAUCUGAAGAGAUGUGUAAUGGAUGGAGCUUUGAAAAAAUAAAACAUAAAAAGAGGAAAAUACAAACGGAGAAUUGUUUAUGCUCAUCCAUAAUGCUCCUUUGAUUGUGAGUCUGUGGUUUGAUAUCUAUCAGUGACAUUUCAUUAAAUUCUUUCCAUCUUU